GUCCCCGCCCCGGCAGCUCACUCAACCCGACCUGAAGAGAAGGCGAGUCCACGGCUAAAAAUAUAAAAGCUAACACAAGAUGGCCGGUUUGCCUCGUAGGAUUAUCAAGGAGACACAGCGGUUGAUGGCAGAGCCCGUUCCAGGGAUCACGGCUACGCCUGAUGAAGGGAAUGCACGUUACUUCCAUGUGGUCAUUGCGGGGCCUCAAGACUCUCCCUUUGAAGGAGGCACAUUUAAACUUGAACUAUUUCUUCCAGAAGAGUAUCCCAUGGCAGCUCCCAAAGUGCGAUUCAUGACCAAAAUCUACCACCCCAAUGUCGACAAACUGGGAAGAAUAUGUUUAGACAUUUUGAAAGAUAAAUGGUCUCCAGCCCUGCAAAUCCGCACAGUGUUGCUAUCUAUCCAGGCGUUAUUAAGUGCUCCCAAUCCAGACGAUCCCCUGGCAAACGAUGUCGCAGAGCAGUGGAAGAAAAACGAAAGCCAUGCCAUUGAGACAGCCCGAACAUGGACCAGGCUCUACGCGGGCAACACUGAAGUAUAGAAGAAGAGAGACGAGGCGUCUGAAUGUGAUCCACAAAAUGUACUCCUAUUCUGUCAACAUUUGAAUUUAAACGGACACAAAAAAAAGAGAAAAAAAAAAAAAGAUUAUAAGUCCAAAUCUAUUUGAAAAUGACAAGAUUUACUGCUGCAGACCUCUGGGUGACGCGUUAAAUGUGUGUUAGCCUUUUUUUCUUUCUUUUUUUUUUUCCUGUGUUGCUAUUUAAAUGCAUGGACAGAGAAUGACACCCUCCCCACUACAGUCUUAAAAAGAACGUGUUCAAAUAACAUACGAUAUGUUGUCCUGAACUCGGCACAUACUGGUAUGUUUGCAAGAUUAUACAUGCAUUAAAGCUGUCCUUCUUUUAACACAUGCAUCA